AUGACUAUCUGUCCUUAUACCAGUCUAACAAAUAAUCGAACGACACCGAGCCAUGAGGAUUUAAUGCAGGAUUUGAAUAAGAAACUUCAUACAGCUGCUAGAAAUGGAGAUAUAGAAGCCUUAAAGUCAAGUCUACAGAAUGGUGCAGACAUUGAUUAUCAAACUGACUUCGGAGAGACAGCAUUAAUGUGGGCUGCCGUGGGUGGACACCUGGAAAUUACUCGAUUACUCCUGAACAGCCGGUGUAGAACAGAUAUCACAACAAAAAAUGGAUACACAGCUUUACAUCUGGCUGCUAUGAUUGGAAAUCUACAUACCACAAGAUGUCUUGUAGAACAAGGAGGGAUCAGUCCCUUGAUUAAAUCACAUGAGCAAGUUUCGUCACUUGUCAUGUUUGGCCAAUCUUCAUUUUUACAGCUAAUAUUAGUUGUUGUAACUGAUUGUUUGACACUAACAUCCUGA